AUGCAGCGCGCCGUCGCGAGCAAGGCACUGCCGCGGGCCCGGGUCGUCUUCUCCGGCAUACAGCCCACCGGCGUGCCCCAUCUCGGCAACUAUGUCGGUGCCCUGCGGCAGUGGCUUCGCCUGCAGCACCAGGAGAAGCCCGACACCAAGCUGAUAUACUCCAUCGUCGACCUCCACGCCAUCACCGUUCCGCAAAACCCCGAAAGACUCAGGAGGCACAAGAGGGAGGCACUGGCUGCCUUGCUCGCCAUAGGCAUCGACCCCGACCGCUGCACCCUGUUUUACCAGUCUUCGGUCCCGGCGCACUCGGAGCUCAUGUGGAUUCUCUCCUGCACGGCAUCCGUCGGUUACCUAUCGAGGAUGACGCAGUGGAAGCAAAAACUCAGCCUGUCGCCUUCAUCCCACAUCGAGGACCAGCCCGUCAGUUCCCGCCUGAAACUGGGGCUCUUUGCCUAUCCUGUCCUCCAGGCCGCCGAUGUCCUCGUCCAUCGAGCCACACACGUACCCGUCGGCCACGAUCAGGCCCAGCAUCUGGAAUUCGCGCGCGAGUGCGCCACCAACUUCAACCACGCCUACGGGCCCUGCCUCGUGCAACCGGAGACCAUGAUCCCGCCCGUACACCGCAUCAUGUCACUCACAGAUCCCACUUCCAAAAUGUCAAAGUCGCACAAGAGCGAGCGCUCGCGCAUUCUCAUCACAGACACACCGGAUGAGAUUCGUGCCAAGAUCUCCUCCGCGCUCACCGACUCCCACGCUGGCAUCUCGUACGACAUGGCCACGAGGCCAGGCAUCUCCAACUUGCUCGACAUCCUGUCAAUAUUUGAUGCGCAGCAGCGGACCCCCGCGGAGCUGGCCAACGCCUACAGCCAGACUCAUCCCCGCGAGUUCAAGGGCAUGGUUGCAGACUCUGUCACCCAGGGUCUCCAUGGCAUCAGGAGCCGCUUCCUCGAGCUCUUGGAUAGCGACAGUACCUACCUUGACUAUGUCGAGGCGCAAGGUGCGCGCAAGGCGAGGGAAAAUGCGGAAGAGACGAUGGAACUGGUCAGGUCCGCUGUAGGCCUCUGA